AUGGACCGAGCCCAAAUUUCGACAUCAAACGAUGAUCGCCAUGAACUCGAUAAUGAAGCUCGGCUCGAUGUGUCCAGCUCUCAAAAGGAAGGAAUCUGGCUAUCAACAUACCCAGAACGCCGCUCUACUAAAACUGAGAAAUAUCUCACUUGGCUCCGACUUUUGUGGCCCAUAUUACUCCAUGCAAUCUUGACUACUAUGAUCGUUCUAUUCCUCCUCGUAUACGUCAACCAUCGUACUUUUAACAUUUCCGAACGACGGCCAACCGUUAAACUUCACGAUGGUACUCUGAUAAGAUGGGAGUUUUCAGCCCUCCUUCAAUCCGAUAUAACAACCCUACUCUCGGUCCUUAUCUCUGUCCUUCGCCUUGUCACCUCCUGUUGGCUAGGUCCCCUAUGCUGGCGUUGUGCCUUCAUUUUGAUGGAAAAAUACGGGCUUAAGCCCAGACAGCUUCGCCUCCUGGUCUCUUACGGUGUACCCACAGCUCCUCUUCAAGGACAAGUUAAGGAAGGAAAAAAGAUCAGAUGGAUAAUGUGCUUCAUACUUGUUACAACAAUUCCCUUACAACUUGCAGCUCCGGUCAUCAAUGGUUCUGUGACUUGGAUCACUGCAAAUCACCGUCCGCAUCAUUUACUUAAUCAAUCAAUCCCCGUAUUACACUACAACGGGGAUCAUGAACAAUGGCGCCUUUGGACAGACAAUUUAGGCUAUCGCAGACAAACGGGUCAAACAGCGGCCAGUUUUGACCUUCUCACCUGGAGGUGGGAAACAGAACACAGUGGUCUGCGAAGAUAUUUACCUGGGAUUCAACUACAAAUCAAUAAUACACUUACCAAUAUCACGUUGCCGUACUUCUCUGUUCGGUCUAUUGAGUGGGUUAGUAACCCACAAAACCUCAUGGGAGAAGGCAAAGUCAACGUCGAGGAUUUUAUAUGUUCCAUGAUCAAUGUUACGGGUGAAUUAUGUCGCCAACCUCGCUAUGGGCCUAUCCUCAUACCAGGCACCCCAUGGUCUAACCAAAUCAUGCCCAACCCACUGGUAGUUUCUAAGAGACAAUUGGUGGUGGAGUAUGUGGGGUCAAGAUAUCGAUAUUCUAGUAGACCACAUGGCUGUCUCUACGUCAAAGAGCAAAACAAAAUAGGACCUGAUCAUGCUAUUUAUGUCGAUCCUGCAGAAGUGUGUUAUCAGUUCGCCUGGGUCCACUAUACUGCCGGUAUCAGCACUUGUUAUGAUUGUCUGGUUUCAUCACAUCGUACCGUUCGAAACAGCACUUUCCAAUCUGUGAAUCCAGAUACCUUGACAGAAACUGCUUUGAGACUGGCACCCGAAAUUGUGGGCCUAGUUGAAAGUAUGAUGUAUAUGGAAAAGGAAUCUGUGUGGAGUAGCCCUGAGGACCGUAUCGUGGGAUUACUUACCCGCUCUUAUGCUGCAUCCUGGAUGGCCCUCACAGGGGCUUUAUGGAAUGUACAAUUCAACACAACCUACUCCAUCUCGGCUCCCGCAUCGCAGGCUUUAGUAGAUAUACGACGCAUUUACAUGUGGCUCGGCCUGCAGUUCCUCGCCACGCUAUCAGGAUUACUCUUCACUUUUAUUCAAUCACGCUCAGCUACGCUGGUUAUAUUUGACACUGCGUUGACCGCAUUUUAUCUGGACACAAGCGCGGUAUAUAAAGCUGACAGAUAUCAUGAAGUUCCCCAGAUACGGCAAGUGGAGUUGGAAGAAGAUCGCUUGUGGCUUAAAGAUCAGUAA